UCCAGAGCUUUGCGCUUGGAACAGAAGGUUCCCUUUGGGCUGUGGAGGAGUAGAGGGCUUGUGCGUGACCUGUGAGAGAGAAAGGCUGUCCCGGACACCUGCGAAGGGCGAGGAAUUGCGGCUGGGAAGGGUCAGGUUGAAGCCGCACCAAAGGGGGAGGGGCGUCCUGAUGGUUGAGGACCGGCGGAGGCGGUGGGGGCAGAACCAACCCGAGUUCCUGCCCCACUUCCUAACCGGCUGUCCAUGGGCUGAGCAGUGCUGGAGAGGGUAGAAAAGGAAGGAAGCAGGACCUGCGCCCAGGGAGGCCCAGGCUCUGCUCCGAGGGCAGAUGGCGCAGGGGCUGGGUUGGCCCUAGGAGGAAGGAGAAGGGGACAGAGGCCGGCCGGCCGCGCCGGGCCUGCGCUCCUUGCAGUCUAAACAAAGGCCCGCGGGGGAGGCUCCAGACGGUGAGGCUUGGGGAAGCCGCUGAUCCCUGGCCCUAGAGGGCCAGAUCGGGGGCGCCCCAAGGACCCUAUCGAGCUGGCAGUGACUGCAGUCGGGUCGUGGAGUGUCGCCUGUGCUUCCGUGGUCCUUAGGGGCAAGAGCUCCCAUCCUGGUCAGAAACAGUGAGAACCGCAGGCUCCGAUGGGGGCGGGGAAGGACGACCUCUAAUUCCCUCCCCCCGUACGGAGCCCAGCAGAGCCAUCUGCAGGAGGCCGGCGGGACCCUUGCCUUUCUCAGGACUGAGAGGCUUGGAGGGCUGCGGUGUGAGCUGCGCGGCAGAGUGAGUUCUGCGGGGGCGAGGCAGGAGACGCGAACCCGCGGUCAGGGCCCGAGUGCGGGUGCGUGUCUGCGGGUGCCGCUGGGCUGCGUGCCGGCGAGGCGUGCGCGUGGCGAGGCGUGCGCGUGGCGGGGUGUGGCUGGGGUGUCAAUGUGCAGCUGGAGGGGCUGCGCGCGUGGGUGCAGGAGGGCCAUAUGAGGGGCUGGAGUGUGUGGGACAGGCGUUUCCUUGGGCCUUCCUGUGGCCGCGGGGCGCAGGGCACGGUCGAGGGCGCUCGAAGGCUGCGUCCGCGUGAGCCGAGGAGCGCGCGGGGCGGUACGCGGCGCGAAUGCGCGGGAGGCACGAGGCGCGCAGUGCGUGUGUGCGCGUGUGCGCGGCGCGCGUGCCCCGCAGUUCUCAAGGACACCUCGGGGAGGCGGCGGCGGGGCCGGUGUCCGGGUGACGUCACCGCGCGCCCCAGUGAUAAUCGCCCGGUGCUGGAGCGGAGCGCGGAUACGCGCGGAGGCAGCGGCGGCAGCGGCGGGCGCGGGGACAGUCGCAUCGGGGCCGGGCCGGGCGAGCAGGAGCUGGGCGCCCGCAGCGUGGACCCCGUGGACACUCGGCUCGCAGCCGGCCCGCGGCGCUCGGGGACUUGCCUGGCUCCCUUCUCGGGGUUCCCGCGCCCUUCUCCGCCCAGGGCAGCAGCGCGCGGGGCCCCCGGGAGCCGAAGAGCAGGCGGGAACUGGCGGCGGCGCGGGAGGCGCAGGGAGCGGAGGCGGCAGCGGCGGCUCCCGCCGGGACUGGUAAUUACGCUCGGGGCCGGGCCGGGGCGAACCGGGCAAGCGGCCUCUCUGGGUCUCCCAGUCUUUCUCUCCACGAACAGCUCGAGCGCCUUCUCGCGGGCCCGCUGCGCGCGGAGAGGACGAGCUCGCUGGGUUGUAAAAAGAGACGAGUUUUCAUCUUUGAGCAUCAAGAUUCGUUCUUUUAACCGCAUUCGGUGCGCGCUCCUGGGUCGGCACGGGCAGGGGGCACGGCAGGGAAGGCAGCUGCGGAGGAGCUCGCGCCGCCCAGUCGGAGCGGUUCUGCGCCCCUCGGAGCCCCGCGGGAGGCGGCCGGGUGCGCACGCGCUCACCACCCCCACCCCCGGAAUCGGUCUCCGCGAUUCCCGGGCACCCCAGCUCCAGGAACGCCCGGAGGGACGCACUUGGGGGCCCACUCUGCGCCGCGGAAAGGGGAGAAGUGUGGGCUCCUCCGAGUCGGGGGCGGACCGGGACCGCACAGUCCGCUGAGCGCAGCGCCCCCGCCCUGCCCGCCACGCGGCGAAGACGCCUGAGCGUUCGCGCCCCUCGGGCGAGGACCCCACGCAAGCCUGAGCCGGUCCCGGCCCCGGCCCCGACGCUCGCCGCCCGCCACAGCCCUGAGGGCCCCUCUGCGUGUUCACAGCGGACCUUGAUUUAAUGUCUAUACAAUUAAGGCACGCGGUGAAUGCCAAGAGAGGCGCCUCCGCCGCUCCUUUCUCAUGGAAAUGGCCCGCGAGCCCGUCCGGCCCAGCGCCCCUCCCGCGGGAGGAAGGCGAGCCCGGCCCCCGGCGGCCAUUCGCGCCGCGGACAAAUCCGGCGAACAAUGCGCCCGCCCAGAGGGCGGCCCAGCUGCCGGGCCAGGGAUCUGGCCGCGGGACACAAAGGGGCCCGCACGCCUCCGGCGUCGCGGGGCGGGUGGGGGCGGCCGAGGGCGGCCGAGGGGGGAGCCUGUGGCCCGGGCCAGGCUGCGGCCAGCCGGCCCCCGGCCACGUGUGUCCGCAGCGCGGAGGGCCCAGGCGCCCGCAGAGGGCGGCGGGGGCCGGGAGACAAAGGGAGGGUCCGCGGGGAGCGGCGGGCGGGUGCGCGGGGCGGCGGGCUGGGGUGCGGCGCUGUCCGCGGUGCUGGCGGCCGGGCGGCCCCCGCGGGACGGGAGCGCGGCCAAGUGCGGCCCUGGCCCCCACCGCGGGCGCCCUGGACAGUUGCCACGGCAACGUGGGAGGAGGUGGGGCAGGGUCUGAGGUCACCGCUCAGUCUGCCCUUCCUCAGGCCGCUGCGCCGCGGGGCGGGGCGGGGCGGGGCGGGGGCGGCGCUCGCUGUGGCCCCGGAGCAGCCGCGGGAGCAGCCCCCGCAGCCCAGGACCAGGCUCGCAUGGGGGCGGCGGUCUGCGUCCGCGUCCAGGGUCCGAACGAGGGCGGUGGACACGCCGGACCGCAUCCCGCCCCCAAAGCCCGCUCUGGGUUGUGCAGGACCAGGCACGUGAGACUCCGCAGCCCAGGGAGAAAAUGACAAAUCCCUCCCCCGCCGCCAUCUGCAGCCGCAGUGACACCCACUCGGGUUUGCUGCAGGGUUUUUUUUUCUGUCCCCGGAAGCCAGCGCCACCUGCUGACGCCCGGCACCGCCUCUGCGCCGCCUCCCCCGCGCGCAUCCCAGGCCCCGGCUGCGAUGCCCCGGGGACGGUCAGAGGACGACCCCCUCCCCAAGCGCCCCCUUCCCCUGGGGCGAGUGCCAGACCUGGCUCUGCAGCUUUGCCUCUUUUCUCUUAACCAGGUAGAGGCUUAGCCUCUCCUCCCCGGCUUCAAUCCGAGGCAGGAGUCUUGAGUCGCCUGAAGUUCUCCCAGCCCCAGGCCCAAGGCAGGGAGCAGAAAUCAGGAUAAAAGGAACCAUUUGAGUUUCAGGCAGUUGGCGUCUCCACCCCCACCACCGCUGCUGCAGGGCCACAAAGGGAACCUGCCCCUGUGGCUCUCCUGAGCACAGACCUCCAGCCCCUCCACCCAAGUUGCUCGCUGCAGACACAAGCGGGAGCCACUGGUGCCUCCAUCUUCCCACCCCCACCCCAAUCAGCCAGGCAGAGUCAAGGCAGGGUCCACCAGUCUCCUCAGGGGCAGGUUCCCCUUGGAGGGUGCAGAAGUGGCAUAGGCAGCCCCAGCAAGCCCUGGCCUGACCACAGCACCGACCCGGGGGCUUGGCGUCCCCUUCGUCCUUCCUCCGGCUGAGGGGACAGGCAGCACCCCCCGGGGCACUUCUGGUCCUAGAGAAGGAGUAGGGGCCCCAGGGUCAUUCCAGGACAAUACCAAAGGGACUGGUGGGAGUGGGGUGUUCCUUCGGGGUACAAGAUGUGGCCCUAGCCUAGCUGGAGCUUCGUCUUGGAGCUCUGACCUCCAGCCUGACCCCUCCCUUAGAGGGAAGGUGGCCCCUGGCUGCUCCCUCCUCUGAGGCCAGGGAUGGGGGCUGGGGCUUUGUUCUUGUACCACUUUCCUUCCCGGGGACUUGGCUCCUGGCCAAGGAGCACCUUCCAUGUCAGCAGCCUGGGGAAGGGGACACUUAAGAGCUGGUGGGAGCACAGGGAUAAACUGCCCUUGGCACUGUCCCUAGGCAGUCAGUCUCUGUGGGGUCUCCUAGGAAGAGCUUCCUGGACUGCCACGGUCCGACGCCUGCCCCCAGCGGUGCACGUGGGCCCCAGCCCCCAGGGCAGACUUGUGGUUUCUGGGCUGCAGCUCAGGGGGGACACGGGAAGGUGGGCAGCCCAGUAGGUACGGGGCCCACAGUGGGAAGCUCACUACGCAGGACCUGCAGAGCUGAGUGCGCACCUCCUUGGGCCAGGCCUUACCGUGGCUGUGGCACGUCUGCCGCAGUGCGGGGAGGGCCCCAAGUGCCACAGGGUCCACUCGGACUCUCAGUGAGAGGCCCUUGGGGCAGGGGCCACCAUCACCAUGCUCUGCAGCCAACAGGGACGGCCCUGCGUGUCCAGCUCAGCCUCUCCUCCUCCUGCUCACACCCGCAGCCACAGUCACAGACAUGCUCACACAGUCUCACCUCCCACGCACACAGACACUGCCCGCCUCCACUCAGGAAGAGCUGGGCACAUACCCCCGACUGAAUCCUAAGCACCCAGCUGACAUUCAGCACCCAGCCUGCAUUGGGUCGGCUGUCAGGCAGUGGGCCUGGUGGACAGCAAACUUGAGUCAAGGGUUUGGGACACCCCCUGGCCAGACCAUGGCACCCAGCAAGGCCAGCUCAGGGCUGUGCAGCACGGCCCUCCCCAGUGUGGGGCCAGAAGAAGAUACUCCUUCCCUGGCCCGAAGAUUUUUAUUCUGAAUAAAACCUAAUAAAGCUGCUAAAGCUGAAGCCACAGGCCCCACACUCCCCUCUGAAAUUCCUCCGAAUCCCUUCUGUCUAUGGGCAGCAGAGGUGGGAGGAGCUACAGGGGCCAGGUCACAAUCAGCAGGGCCAGGGCAGCCAGUCCCUCCAUUCUGCAGACCCUGGGCUCCACCCUGAUCUCACCUCCAGGCAGGGCUCCCUGUGUGGCCUUUGGCCAGGAGCCCCUACCCUCCUUCCCCUCAAGUCCAAGCCCCCUGGCAGGUCUCUGGUCAGGGCAGAGAUUAGGAGCUGGCUCCCAGCCUCUCUGCCCCGGCUGCCUCCUGGCCGUGCCCAUAAGCCGGGCUCCUGGCAGUGAUGAUCCCAGAGCUCAGACCCUCACAGCCCAGACUUCACCCCUGUUGCCCAGACCAGCUGCCGUUUCGGGGCUGUGGGUGCCAGGAACAGUUGGCAGCUGGGUGGGGUGGGGCACAGGGGACAAUGUUUGGGAAUGAAUUAAAAACUAAAAAAUAA